AUGGUCGGAGUGCUGAACCUCUCAUACCCCAACAACCGUCUGUCCUUCGAGGAGCACGUUAAGAUGUCCGAGAACCAUUUCGACGAAUACGAACACUACAAUUUCGACCAGGACAAGUACCUGGGCGCCGGCCACUCCGGAAAGCAGCGGACGAAGAAAGAGGCAAGCGAGCACACGAACCAUCACGACCCGUCCGGACACGUGAGGAAAAUCGUCGUCAAGAUGCAGAACACCGAGGCCAACAAGAAGAAGGUGGAGAAAAAAGGAAGCAACAACAGUUAG